AUGGGAAUUCAAAUCAGAAAGUUCAAUGAUAAAAUUCUGGUGACAUAUGACAGGUAAAAACAAAUUUAUGUUACAAUUAGGUUAAAUAUUAAAUUUAAGCUCAAACUACAAUAAUUGUUCUGAAACAUUGGUGGGAAAUUUCGAGGAAAUCGCUUUGAAUCGAAUCAAAAAUUGGAUUUAUAAAGCUGUCAAUCUCGACACUUUGAAUGUGAAAUUGGUGAGAAGAGCUCUUUUGAUAAAUAAAAAUCAAUAUGUUUUUGCAGGCCGAUUUUCCAUUGGUUGAUUUUGAUAUCACUCAUCUCAAGAAAUUGAAAUCUAUCAAAAUUGAAAGUGCAAUGAGUUUCAAUAAAUUUUUAAAUGCAGGAUUCUUGGAAACAAAUCAGGUAACAAUUUUUUUGGCUUUGAAAUAUUGAUAAAACAUUUUCCAGUUUUGGUCGAUCGAAAAUAUCACUCUUGAGAAUAUCAAAUUUACAAUUGAGGAUUUGGGUGGUUUGAAAGCGUCUUCUAUCAAAUUAAGAGAUACAAAUGUGUCAGCAAAAAUGUUGAAUCAAUUUUUGAAAUCAUGGAUCAACGGAGAAAUUGACAAAAAUUUCACCAAAAUGAAAGUCGAAAUGAAUGAUUAUAAAAACCAAAGAAAAUGGUCGAGAGUUGUUCUCAAAGAUGUUGAUGGAAUUAAUGAGAGAAAAAACAUCGAGAAAUAUGAUAUUGUUUGGGCUAGAUUAAUCAACUCAAACAACGAAUGGGCUGAAAUUCACCUUACCCGGUAUUCAUUUGAAAUGGUUUGCGAAAGGUCUGUAGAGAAGGACGGAUGGUGGGUCUUUCCGCAAGUUGGUAAACAUUUAUAAUUGUAACAAAAGAUAGAUCAUAAACUUGAAUAAAAUUCAAUUUUGUUAAUUAUUGUUAUAAUUUUCGUAUUUCUAUCGCAAUAUAUGGGUCCCAUGGAAAUAUAUGGGUCCGUAAAAACAUUUAAGGGUCCCUCAGAAAUAUAAGGGUCCGUGAAUUUUUUUAUGGGUCGCAAAAAAAUAUAAGGGUCCGUUAUUUUUUUUGAGGGUCCAUAAAAAAAGUAUUUUUUCUAAUUUCAAUUAUUUAUUUUUGGUGAUUUUUUGUAAUUUUUUCACAUUUUUUUUAGCCAGUCAGUAUUUUUCUAGGGGGUUUACUAAGCCUAAGCCUAAAAUAAUAGAGAAAUUUUGAAUCCUCUGGUAACUCUAUUGUUGGCUUUUCAGCUUCAUAAUUAGGCUUAGGCUUAGUAAACCCCCCGAAAAUACAAAGAAUCGUCAAAAAAUCAAGAAAUUUACAACAAAACACUUGAAAAUUCAAAAAACCACACAUUUUUUGCUCCAAAAAUCAGACCUAUGAAAAAAAUCACGGACCCUUUUAUUUUUUUGGGACCCAUAAAAAAAUUUACGGACCCUUAUAUUUCUGAGGGACCCUUAUAUGUUUUUUCGGACCCCUAUAUUUUUUACGGACCCAUAUAUUGCGAUAGAGCCAUUUAAAAGAUGUUUUAAGAUGGAAGCUUCAAGCUCACCAGUAUCUGCAAAAGAUGAGGAGGAAAUUAAACAGGUAAUGCUUAUUUGUUUGUCUUUACCGCAAAAAUCCAAUUUUUCGACAAUUGGCUGGUUCGACAUGCCUUUUGAGAUGCGAGAAAUGGUCAUGGAACAUUGUGGAAACCACGAUUUUGGCCGAGGUGUGUCCUGAUAUCUUUUUCAGAUCAAAUAUAUUAGCAUUCAGGAAAUUUCGAUGAUUUUGGCAAUGUUUUGGAGGCUCAGUGA